AUCAAUUACGGGCCAUCUCUACUGUGUUGUAAAUUUGUAAUGGACGAAAGCAAGCUACGCGAACGCGAAAAAGCUUGGCUUGGCUUCAUUGAUUAAAUCAUAUAUAUUUUUAUAAUAUAGCAGCAAAUAUCUGAAAUGGAAGAUGUUGAAAAACCUCCAGUUGUUAAUCUACCUGUAGGCGGUAUGAAGAACAAUAUUGUGUAUGAAGGAACUGUGGAAAACAGUGUGGCGACGAUGGAAUCGGAUGUAUGUCACAAAUCGAACGGCGUCGUGGAGUCAAUUAACACUGAUAAAGUUGCUGAUGCCGUCGUACCGGCAAACGAAACCACUGCGCCCGAUAUUGAGGUUGUUGCUGAGACAACACAUGAUAGUCUGGAGGAAAAUGUUGUUGAGUCUCCUUCUGAAACAGUUGACACAGGUGACAUUCCCGAAGCAGAAAGUGUAAAGAAUGAGGUGACAUCCGAAAGUUUGGAUGAGGAAACUGGAAAUGAUUCUAAUAUUAAAAGUGUGAAACCUGAGUAUAUUAUUGAACACAUAGAGGAGAGUGUUGUUAUAGACGAACCUGAAAUAGAGGAAUCAAUAAUAGAAAUAGAUGGUAUAGUUGAGUCCACAAAUGAUAGGCCCUCAUUUAAGACUGAAAUUGUAGUGGAAACAAAUAUAGAUGAAAUGAAUGAAAAUAAAGAGGAAGAAAUUCAAAAUGUAGUCAGUGACAAUGACACUAACCUGUUGAAUGAAUUAGGGCAGAAUAUGGAACUAAGUGAGAUGCUUCGCUCAUCUGACACAAAUGAAAAUGUUGAAAACAAUAACUGUGAAAAAAAACAAGAGGUUUUUAAUAAGGAAGAGUUGCUGGACAUUUUAGAAGGUAAUAAUGUGGAAGAAGUUCAUCCUAGCAAAAUAGUAAGAAAAGAAGUUAUUGCAGGUUCUAAGCCAUCAGAACCAUCACUAGCUUUACAGCAACAACUAGCUUUGCAGCAACUCUCACGCCUGAAGAGUACAAAGAAAAGGAAAUAUGAGAAAAAACAAAUAUUACAUAGGAAAGAGACAGAACGUAAACUAGAAGAGAACAUUGUAACUGAGUUAGUCAAAGAAUGGGAAGAUGAUGAGCCUGCAGAAGUAGAUCAGUCCAAAAAUAUCAUUGAGGAUAGUGAGAGACUAUUGAAAAGUUCUAAUGAUCUUGUAAAAGCACAAGAAAAUCUUGGCAGACAGGAUGAAAGAUCAGUACGUUCAUCGCUUGACUCAGCAACAAGUGAUAAACAAACCCCAAAUCAAAGUAAAAGUGGUGAUGAAGGCUUACCACAACGUAGAUUAGGUAGAAUAAUAAAGAAAAAAGUAAUAUUUGACCCUGAUAAUCCAGACACAUUUACCAAGGGCAAAUCGGCAACCAAAAACAAAGAAUCACCACAGAGCAAAGACCAUCUGCCAAUAAAAAAAAUAAAAAGUGAUCAGGCUAAUCAACAGCCUAAAGCUAGGUCUCCUAUGGCAAAACUGCAAUGGAAGAAGCCACCCCCUAAAAAUAGCAAACGAUUAACUGAAGUUGACAAGUUAUUAAUGGAUGAGGGUGCUGUGAACAUGAUAUAUCAACUAACGCCAGAAGCUGAUAAAGGCAAAAAAAAUAUGAGAACUAAAGCUGAGAUUAUUAAAAAUCUUCAACGCUCAAUACCAGAUUCAAAAGAAAUGAAAUUUAGAGAGAGGAAAAAAGAUUCAAAGUAUGAGGAUGGGGAACCACGAAAAAUCGCUGGAGGUAAACAGAGGCCAUCAUUAGGUAGUUCAGUUAAAUCACCAUCGGUGUCUGAAGACUUUGAAGCACACAGUGCUGAUGACUCCAUUAUUUAUCGUCGUCACUCAUCAAGUUCAUAUUCCAGUUCCUGCAUGAGCCCACGCCGUUUAAGUGAUGGAGAGUCUGGUGCUGUUAACAAUAGUGCCCGAACAUCACAGCAAGUACCUGAAAACCAAGAUCAAACUAACACAGAGUGUGACACUAAUGCAAAUGUGUCUGUUACUGACACAUUUGUGACAGAAAAUACUGGUACUCCCAAAAAAUUAAUAAAUAAGAGUGAUUGUUUAUCAAUAAAAGAAAAAUUAAACUCAAAAUUAUCAUUAGUUUUAAAUAAAAGAAAACAAGAGACUACAACGCAUGAAAAGCCAAAACAAAGAAAGGUUUCAAAAUCAAAUGAAAGGCUAACAAAACAUGAGGGUGUAAAUGAAUACAAAUAUUUAUCAAUUAAUAUUGAUAAUAGGUUAGGUGAAAUAUGUAUUAAAAAAUCAGGGUCCAAUUAUAACAUAGAGGUAAUAAAAGAACUGGAUAGAGCUUUAUUGUAUAUAAAUUCAAGGGAUGAUGUGUCUGUCACAUUGUUAACGUCUGACUGCGGCGUCAUAUGUUCUGGUUUAGAUUUGAGAUCUUUACUAAUAAAUGAUUCGGAAGCCAGGUCAAAAUAUGCUUUUGAACUUGCAGAUUCUAUCAGAUCUUUACUAUUGACAAUGGAUCAACAUUGUAAGCUGUUGUGUAUGGGAGUAGGUUCAAGUUGCUCAAGUUUGGGCCUGGCUUUGCUUGCCAUGAGUGAUGUCACAUUGGCUUCAGAAAGUGCAAGUUUUGUACUAGAUGCCAACAAGUUCUCAACUGAGCAUUCAAGGCAUGGUCCACUUGUACCUGGUUUAUCUGUACUUAUUGCUUCAAGUAACCAAAUGUCAAAAUCAUUGCUGAGCGAUUUAAUGGUGUUUGGCCAUAGACUAUCUGCUUCUGAUGCUCUGCGGUAUGGCCUCGUCAGCCGUACUUUGUGGCCAGAACGUUUUCAAGAACAACUCCGCAAUAUCGCCAAAGACAUGGCUAUUCAACCAAUGCAAAACAUUAUUUUGAAGAAGCAGCUGUUGAAUUUCCAAAAAAGCGAACGUCUUGGUACGACCUUAGAAAAGGAAAGGGAUUUGCUGGUUCAGUAUUGGGUGUCGCCUGAAGGACAAGAAUUAAUACGUGCUGCCUACGAAACCACUUAAAACAUAUUUUUUAAAUGUUGAUUUAACACAAAACUGACUUUAUGUCAGCGGCACAACCUCAUACAUUUCACUAUAGAUUUAACACAACACUAAAUUCGUAAAUUCCUGGAAUUUAUAAGAAUUAGUUUUAUGAAUUUAUUUUUAGUGUAUUUUAUCCAAUGACUAAUCGACUUUUAUUGUAAUGUGUCGAACUUGACGUUAGUUAAUGUUGGGUGCGUUAAACUUUUGGUGACCGAUAAAAAUAAUCAGUUUAUUAUUUUCUGAGUAGGAAAAAUUUAUUUGUUUAGUUUGAUAGACUGACUAUAGACGUGGUAGGAUUUAACGAUGUUGUCUGUUUUGUUAUACAUACUAGUAGUUGCGUAGAAAUUACAAAAAGAGCUGGAUUUAUUUAAUGAAUACUAAUGUUUUGGUAUAUGUGCGGAGGUACACGCAGUCGUGAAUUGUACCGUAUGGCGUCAGAUGACGUUCGAUGUAGAUAAAGUGAAUAUAUUAAUAUGUUAUAAAUGAAAUUGUUUAUGCUUUUGUUUUAGCGUUAAUGAGUUUAAUUUUAUAAUAUAGAGUAAUUUAGUUAUUCUUAUUUCAGCCAAAGUUUGAAGUUUAUGGUGUUCGAAAAUUUUAGCACGUUUUACAAUGUAAUAAUUAAAAUAUUAAAUACUUUUCGUGCUAUUAUGACACUAUGUUAAAGAAAGAACAUUUUAAUGUAUGGAUAGAUUGUCGUGGGCGCAUAACAUUCAUUCCUUUUCUGAUGUCUUGCAUCUCUUUUUUUCUCUGGUAAUCCUAUUCUAUUAUUAUAUUACUUAUAUCAUAAUAAUUUUAGUAUUGAUAUACUUUCCUUUAAGUUAUAGGGGUUAUAUGAAUAGUUAUAAUAAAGUAUUUUUAAUUGUUUAAAUUAUAGUGCCUUUCAGAAUAAGAUAUUUUUUGAUUUAUGGAAAAAAUCCCUUCGAAAUACGCCUAAGCCUCUAAUUAAACACUUCGAUCAAUAUUGUUCCUUAUGAAUUUGUCGAUUUAAUUAAUUUCAUGUUUUAAGCCGAGUUCAAACGUAUUUUUUUCUUAAAAAAUACAAUUCUGCAUUUUAACAGGUAGCGAUAACAUCACACUAAAAUGCUUACAUAAAAGAAAAAAAAAUUCGUUGAAGCGAAAUAAAGAGAUGUAUCGGUAAUACCUUAUGAACUCGGUUUGUGUAAAAUAAAACAUAUCUAAAAUGUAAACUACACCUAGAAGUGCCAAGUGAAGUUUUACUUCGCGUUGUUGGUAAAGCGUAAUCUUCACGUAACGUAACGGCUAAGUGUAAGCGACUUACCAUUUGCGAUACGUUGAGAGAUGUGAUAAUUGAUAUAACACGCCACAUGUUUUUUCGCAGAUUUGUAUGUAAAAAUGCGAGCGAAAACAUUUAGGCGAUGCGUCACCGCACCAUAUUGCCACACUGUGUGAAUUGGCUUAAAGUAAAAAAAUAUUGCUGGCUCUUUUAAAUGCAAAGUUAUGGUGCUUAUAUAAAACAACAUAGGGAAUGUCGGUAACAAAGGUGGUUAUACUUUUUACUCCGAGACUGAAUCUAGGUGUUUUUGAAGAAAUUGUUCAGAUUCUGUUAAAUUGUUUAUAUUUAGAGUUGAAUAUUAAAUUGAAUUGAAUGGCUUGGCCGAAGCGCGGCAGCGUGUAUGUUUGUGUUAAAGAUUGUGUCGACUAAAAGUCUCUCACUUUCCAUUAACUAUUUAUAUUACAACAGGGAAAAAUAAAUAUUGAGAAUUAUUUAAUAUUUUUUAUUAGCUGCCGAAACGAUGUUAGUUAAAAGUGAAUAUAUGUAACAUUUGUAUUAGAUCAAUGAGCUGCUCCUUAGGUUAUGGUACAUGCAUAUGUGUGCACGCAUUUAACAAUAUAUUGAUGAGGUCGCGUGUGGAAUAUUCAUCAACAGGCAUUUAUACAAUACUAAUAGUUUACCAAACUGGUUCAUUGUCCACUUAACCUUAAGCUUAUGAGAAUCUUUAAUUUUAAUUAUCUAGGAUCCAUACAACUUUUUUAUUAGUCGUUAAAAUGCGUGCAUGCAAGAUGUGAAUCCGUUUUGAAUGUUGUCAAAUCUUAAUGUCAUUACGAAUACUGGUCUAAAUAUAACAUAAUGUAAUAUUUAUUCAUUAUUCUAAUAACUGUAUGUCAGUGUAAUAAUACCCAAUCUCCCUUCAGGAAUAUAUUGAUUCUUUUUUUAUUUAUUGUGUGGGGAAUAUUUCUUGAAAAAAAUUAUAUCUACAUGUAAAUAUGCAAAUUUCAUACAUGGGCACGUGAUGUCAUUUAGUGUUUAUUUUUACAUUACAUUGUACAUUGUGUAAUUCAUUUUACUUUGUGUAAUUUGAAAGAAAAUUAUAACUCAAUGUUAAUAUAAUUAAUAAGAAUACAGACUAAGAGGUA